AUGGGGGACUCACGACCGACGCAUCAGCAUGCCGAUGCAGACGGCCACUUUCGCCGGAAAGAUAGCCAGUUCCGUAACUGGAUCUCCAAAGAGCCAGGUUCCAAGUUCACACCUGAAAAGGACAGAUAUGCCCUUUAUGGGAACUACGGAUGCCCUUGGGCACAUCGAACAAUCCUCGUCCGCGGACUCAAGUCUCUCGAACCCGUCAUCCAGCUCAUUACCACCGACUUCGACUUGACCGAGAAUGGCUGGACCUUCACCGGCCGAAACGGCAGCUUGGGGGCCGAUCCCUUGUAUGGCUUCACGGGCCUGAAGCAGCUCUACUUGAAGGCCGAUCCAGAAUAUGUUGGCCGUUAUACCGUGCCCGUGCUAUGGGAUAAGAAGACGGAGACAAUAGUGAACAACGAGUCGUCCGAGAUCAUCCGCAUGCUGUAUGAUCAAUUUGACGAUUUCUUGGAACCCGAUCAGAGGGAGGUCAACAAACCUGGCGGGGGACUCUACCCUCCGCACCUGAGGUCAGAGAUUGACGCCAUGAACGAGUGGGUAUAUAACACAAUCAACAAUGGCGUGUACAAGACAGGGUUCGCAACCACACAGGAAGCCUACCAUGCCAACGUCUACCCUCUGUUCAAGUCACUCGAUCGUCUGGAGGAACACCUGAAGAAUCCCGCCCACCAACCAUACCUGUUUGGCGGACAAAUCACCGAAGCGGACAUCAGGCUAUACACCACCCUCGCGCGUUUUGACGUUGCAUACUACAACAUCUUCAAUUGCAAUCUGAAAAUGAUCCGGCACGACUACCCUCGCCUUUCGAAGUGGCUGCGCAACCUCUACUGGGACACGUCCGACCGCACCAAUGGUGGCGUGUUCAAAAACACCACAUUCUUUGAAGUCUACAAGUAUGGCUACCUCCGAGCCAAGGGUCGUCAGGUGCACGGCGGGACCGACUUUGGAUGGACGCUGAUCAUCCCCGCCGGGCCGGUUCCCGACAUUGAACCUCUGACGGACGAAGAGGAGAAGGAACUGAUCGAGGGUACCACCAGAAAAGUGAACGGCUUAAUGCUCGACAGCAAUAACCUAGGCGCCUCAGCCAACCCGUUCAGCGCCAAUGGAGACAAGGCCGGCAUGGGCGCCAUCUUCGGCGCGGACGUCGAUUCCCCCGACGUGGGCGGUGAGGAUAGCGUCACCACGCCGACCACCGCGGCCGCGACGACCAGCGUGGGCAGUCCCGCCAGCACCAGAGACGGAGGGGACGAGGACGACGGAGACGCGGGCUUUGACGAGAACGGCGAGUUCCACCCGCGCAGGGUGAUUAAGAGGCGAACCACAUACAGCGACGCCAACGCCAAGUGGUACAAGGCGGCGAAGAAGGCCGAGAAGAAGAUGGGCGCCCCGAGCAUGCAUUUGGCGCUAUAG